GAGCAGGGAGAAGUUCGCUCAGAUCAGCUGAUCCUAACUGACAACAGGAGAGGAGGAAGCCCGGGAGGCAGCGAAGGAGGAGGGGGGUGGAGAUGGAGAGGAGGAUGGAUCCACCGGUGCCCUGAGGAACAGCCCCCGCCUCCACCGGCGCCCCGGGGUCCCCCGACGCCUCCUCGCCGCAGCAGAGCUGCUUCGUGACCUUGCUCCUGCCCCUCGGGUUGUGGUGGUGGUGUCCGGAAGGAAGGAAGGGUGAGGAAUCCCCGGCUGGAGAGAGGCGUCGAGGUAUCCUCUGAAAUACUGACUUGAGCUGGAUAAUAUUGAAAAGUUCCUGACCACUCUCUUUCAUUACCAAAACCUUGUGUCUGAGGCCCCAUGCAUGCGCCCACCUCAGUGAACCCAUCAGAUCUCUCUCAGAUAGCCAUAACAGAUCCUCUCAAGUUAAUUUUAACCACAUAUUUGCCUGCACUUUAUGGAGGAUGAAACUACCAAACCAAGUCAACGUUGCUGCUGAUUCAGGAGUCUUGGCAGCAGGAAAUUAAACAUCCAAACAUUUGUAAAUGUGUGAAGAAUUCUAAUAAGUCAUCGAAUGUUUUUUUAAAAACAUUUUUUUAAGGGUGUUCAGAACCCUGUGGAGGCUGUGCUCAGUCUUAGGACUCAACGCCUUUGUCUUCACUUCUGGGGAAAGCCCAGGUACCGUUACAUGGUAGGUGCUUUCCUUCCCGGUCUGAAUAUGAGUGCACAGACUUCCCCAGCAGAGAAGAGCCUGAACCCUGGGCUGUUGUGCCAGGAGAGUUACACCUGCAGCGGGACUGACGAAGCCGUCUUCGAGUGUGACGAGUGCUGCAGCCUGCAGUGUCUCCGCUGCGAGGAGGAGCUCCAUCGGCAGGAGCGCCUGAGAAACCAUGAGCGGAUCAGACUCAAAGCUGGCCACGUCCCUUACUGUGACCCCUGCAAGGGCCCCAGUGGGCAUUCUCCAGGUAUGAAGCAGAGGGCAGUCGUGAGGUGCCAGACCUGUAAAAUCAACUUGUGCCUGGAGUGCCAGAAGAGGACUCAUUCCGGGGGUAACAAAAGGAGGCACCCCGUUACUGUGUACCAUGUGGCUAAGGUCCAGGAGUUGCUGGAGGAAGAAGGGAUGGAUGAGGACAGCAGGAGGAAGAAGGUGACUGAGAAGGUUGUGAGUUUCCUCCUAGUAGAUGAGAAUGAAGAAAUUCAGGUAACGAAUGAAGAGGACUUUAUUAGGAAAUUGGACUGCAAACCUGAUCAGCAUCUGAAAGUGGUUUCCAUUUUUGGAAAUACUGGGGAUGGGAAGUCUCAUACCCUCAACCACACUUUCUUUUACGGCCGGGAAGUCUUCAAAACCUCCCCUGCCCAGGAGUCCUGCACUGUGGGAGUGUGGGCAGCAUAUGACCCAGUCCACAAAGUAGCAGUGAUAGACACAGAAGGGCUCUUGGGGGCUACAGUGAAUCUAAGCCAGAGAACACGGCUGCUGCUUAAGGUCCUGGCCAUCUCAGACCUCGUCAUCUAUCGAACUCACGCAGACCGACUGCACAAUGACCUCUUCAAGUUCCUUGGGGACGCCUCAGAAGCUUAUCUGAAGCACUUCACCAAGGAGCUCAAGGCUACCACUGCCCGCUGUGGCCUGGAUGUCCCCCUGUCCACCCUGGGCCCUGCUGUUAUCAUUUUCCAUGAGACUGUGCACACUCAGCUGCUAGGCUCUGAUCACCCCUCCGAGGUGCCCGAGAAGCUCAUCCAGGACCGGUUCCGGAAGCUGGGCCGCUUCCCUGAAGCCUUCAGUUCUAUUCAUUACAAGGGAACGAGGACAUACAAUCCUCCCACAGACUUUUCUGGUCUUCGGCGUGCUUUGGAGCAACAACUAGAGAAUAACACCACCCGUUCCCCCCGGCACCCGGGGGUCAUCUUCAAAGCCCUGAAGGCCCUGAGCGACCGCUUCAGCGGUGAGAUCCCCGAUGACCAGAUGGCACACAGCUCCUUUUUUCCAGAUGAGUACUUCACCUGCUCCGUCCUGUGCCUCAGCUGCGGGGCUGGAUGUAAGAACAGCAUGAAUCACGGGAAAGAAGGAGUAUCUCAUGAAGCCAACAGCCGCUGCAGAUACUCUCACCAGUAUGACAACCGGGUUUUUACCUGCAAGGCCUGCUACGAGAGAGGCGAUGAAGUCAGCGUGGUGCCCAAGACGGCUGCUUCCACCGACUCCCCCUGGAUGGGUCUCGCAAAAUAUGCCUGGUCUGGGUACGUAAUUGAAUGUCCCAAUUGCGGCGUGGUCUAUCGUAGCCGGCAGUACUGGUUUGGAAACCAAGAUCCUGUGGAUACAGUGGUGCGGACAGAGAUUGUGCAUGUGUGGCCUGGAACUGAUGGAUUUCUGAAGGACAACAACAAUGCUGCCCAGCGCCUCUUGGAUGGGAUGAACUUCAUGGCUCAGUCGGUGUCUGAGCUUAGCCUUGGGCCCACCAAGGCUGUGACGUCCUGGCUGACAGACCAGAUCGCCCCUGCCUACUGGAGGCCCAACUCCCAGAUCCUGAGCUGCAACAAGUGCGCUACAUCCUUUAAAGAUAACGACACCAAGCAUCACUGCCGGGCCUGUGGGGAGGGCUUCUGUGACAGCUGUUCAUCCAAGACCCGGCCAGUGCCGGAGCGGGGCUGGGGCCCUGCGCCCGUGCGGGUGUGUGACAACUGCUAUGAAGCCAGGAAUUCCCAGUUAGAUGUUACUGAGGCACAGGCGGACGAUGAAGGCGGGACGCUGAUUGCUCGGAAGGUGGGCGAGGCCGUGCAGAACACUUUGGGAGCCGUGGUGACAGCCAUUGACAUACCACUAGGUCUGGUGAAGGAUGCGGCCAGGCCGGCGUACUGGGUACCAGACCAUGAGAUCCUGCACUGCCACAACUGCCGGAAGGAGUUCAGCGUCAAGCUUUCCAAGCACCACUGCCGGGCCUGCGGACAGGGCUUCUGUGACGAGUGUUCCCAUGACCGCCGGGCUGUCCCCUCUCGAGGCUGGGACCAUCCUGUCCGAGUCUGCUUUAACUGCAAUAAAAAGCCUGGUGACCUUUAACCCCAGCUCCCUCUCCGAGUCCUUCACAAUUCCUUAGGUUCUCAGGGUUAGAAAUGAGAUCUCGCUGAGGUAGGCCCUCCUCCUGGUCACCUGUUGUGGUAUGUGUCCUCUCUGCUCAUCCUGAGGCCACUUUCCCACGGUGGGGGGUAGGACAGAUGGCGAGCCAGGGUGAGCCUGGUGGCGGGCCUGAAGGCACGAACCCCUCAGGGCAGGGGACCGAGCAGCUUAUAGUGAAGGGGAACGAACCUGAAUCCAUCGCAUUUUAUUUCAGUUAAAAAUACAUAUAUAUACACACACACACACCCACCCACCCCUGUAUAUACAUAUGAAAGGAACGUGGAGUGUAUUCAGGCUGCUGCUGGCUGUGAAGACCUGCACAGUCUGUCCCCAGCACAGAAUCAGGUGGCAGUGGCAGCAGGUCUUCCCCACAAAACCGAGCCAUGUCCAAGGCCACUGCGUUGCUAGUCACCUUUUGCUGCUCCUCUCUGAGCCUUCGAAGCCUUCGAAGCCUUCAUGCCCCUCAGCUGCCGGGGCAAGUGAGCUUUCCAGGUACUUCUCGCUUGGGAGAGCCUGUGGAGGGUCUCCCUGGGCCCUCCAGAGUCGGAUCCCAAUUCCUUGCGUAGGCCUGUUGCGGUCAGAGACCACCCAGCUUAGCAUGCAGGUCACGGAUGGGUGGCAGGUGGGGGGUACGGUCCUUAGACCUCAAGUCCAAGUGCAGGUGACGCGAUGGCCCUCAUACAGGGGGAACACGGAAGGAGAUGGGCCUUCCCCAGCAGUGUUUCCUGCUUGUUGAUGCUUCCGUCUAUGCGACCACUUGGCUUUCCCUGCCCAGAAAUAGAGCACCUGCUUCCCUCCCCUACCAACCCCCUUGAGCCCACCAUCUACUGAGUGUUGCACUAGGGUUUUUGCUUGUUUUGAAGUGUCUUAAUUCUUUACUCCCAGACACACGACCCCUCUAGCUAUUGGAGGGGUGAUCAUGAGAAAUCUUCCAGGGAAACAGAGUACCGAAUGGACUGUUAGUGGGGUUUUUUUAAAGUAUAUAUAAAUAUUUCAACAGACCAUUAAGAAAAAAUUCUCCGGUCCUGGCAAGAGAAGUCAGAUGAACUUUGUUUCUCAAGAGCUGGGACAUCCAUUUCUAUCGUGACUGGAAAGAGACUGUUGUGCUGAAAUCCUGUCAUCAUGGUGGAUUUUAUCGUCAGUGGCCAAAACUGAAGAAUUAAAAGUGACAUAGUUCUUGAGUGAACUGGUGGGUGGGCCGAGCUUCAGGGAGGUGCGUGGCGGUCAUUCUUGGCGUGAGUGUUACUGUGACGUGAGCCCUGGAAUGUGGUGGUCCCUCUCAGACCUGCUUCCUUACUGCCUCCUAUGGCCUGUGACCGAGGCCCUGCUCUAGUCCUGUGUAUCAUUGAGUUCGCCGUUAUAAAGGAGUCUUCCUGCGGAA